AUGACCUCCUUAGCAAUUUUACCAACUUUGAAAAGAACAAUUACGGACGUAAUGGAUGAAGAUUUAUAUCACUUACCAAUGAGUCCUAUUCAACUUAGUAACAAUCAGCAGUCUCAACUGCAAUUAUCUCAACUGCCAUCACAGCAAUCACAACGGGAAGAUGCUCCAAAACCAAGAAAUCAGUCAACAAGGUCUUCUCCCGUGCUUACUAAUACUCAGUUAGCGAACGGUAGUAUCAAUAGGUCAAACUUACCAAGUUUGCUUAAUAUUCCUGAUUCAUUUAUUGAUCAAUAUACCAAGAACAACAUAAGUUCUUCUCAGUUGGCCUCUGCGACAGAUUUUCCUGUGAAUGAGGACUUCUACAAUAACCUGUCAUAUUCAAACCAGACAAAAAUAUACCCUUUCACGGAUUACGGUAAUCCGGAUACUCAAGUGAAUUCAUACAUUAAGCCACAGGAAAUUCAAAAACAGAACAGCUUUGUUCCUCCUUUUGGUAGAAGAAGAAGAAUAACAACUUUGGAGACUUCGGAUGAUAACUCCAAGAAUCUCAAAGAUGAAGAUUACAUAUUGUUCAAUCCUGACAUUCAGCCAUCACAAUUGAUCAACCAAAAGGGGUUUUAUGACGAUUUUUCGGAUUCAUCUUUGUUUGUUCCAAACCAGUCAUCAGCAUUCAACGAUAAGAUACCAGGUUAUGAAAACGACUAUUUGUUGAUUGACGAUUUUAAUGAAGAUGUGGAAGAAGAUAUAUCUGAAGAUGAAGAUGACAAUUAUUUUUAUGAUGAAGAAGGUGACUUUGAUGACUUGAUGAUGAAGGGAAAUGAUGUGAUGGAUUUGGACGACUACUUCAAGAAUUCUGAUAACUCAAAAUCAAAGGAUGACUUAAUGGGCGGCUUUCUUGAUAACUAUGAGUCAACGAAAAGCAAUGAUAACAUUGAUAGAACUAUAAAUGACGAUGGCUCAAUGGAUAUAGAAGCAGAUGAUGACGAUGAUGCAUUUACUGCAACUCCAUUUGAUCUCGAGCAUAAUACGGAAUCCCCUAUACCCAGAAGAGAAUUUUCUGCAAGUAUAGAACCUGAUACUCCAUCCCCUGAUGAAAGCCACCAACAUAAAACGGCGGCAGAGAUUUCUGCAUCCAAUCCCAACCACCAAUGUGAUCUCAUUAAUCCAUCGACAGGUCAUCCUUGUAAUAAGCAAUUUUCGAGACCCUAUGAUUUAAUAAGACAUCAAGAAACUAUACAUGCAACGAAGAAGAAAAUAUUUAGGUGUGUGAUAUGUGAGGGACGACUUAAUGGUGGGCCUGGAAACGGAAAGCUGAAAACGUUUUCUCGUGGAGACGCAUUAUCUAGACACAUUAAAGUUAAACAUGGUUUGGUUGGUCAAGAUGCAUUAAAUUUAAUCAACGAGGCUAAGGAAAACGUUGAAUACGUAUUAGUAUAG